AUGCAGCUCAACAUCUUCACCAGCUUUUUUGUUCUCUUUGCUAUCAUUGCUACUGUCUUGGCCGCCGAUAAUGGCCAUUAUACUGUGCCUGGUCUGAGCAAGAGAAAGAAGGAAAUCUUGAAAAACGGUGGUACCACUUUGGAGCUUGCUAUUGCUAUGCUUGAAACCGAAGACAUGACCACAAAGUAUGUGUACGGUGACGGUAAAACUCAAGACUCUGCCAAUUUUGGUAUCUUCAAGCAAGGCUGGUUCAUGUUGCGUACCUCUGUUUCUGAAUUUAAGCGUUAUGGUCCAUCAGAUUAUAACAAGGGUGCCGUACUCAAUACCAACUUGGCCAAGGACAUUAAAUCAAGACAGGCAUCCCAAGCUCACUUUGGUUUGGACAAGUGGUUUGCCGGCCACAGAAAUGGCCAAACUGGUAUCAACAAUCCCCACACUCAAGAUAUUCAAAACUACAAGGAUGGUGUUUAUUGGAUCAAAGCUCAACUCGAAAGCGACAAGAAGUACUUGAGCGAUGAUACCAGAUUCUGGGUUUAUGUGCAACCUAUAUAA